CAUUCCACAGGAAGUUUCAGACCCCUCUGUGUGUGUGUGUGUGUGUUUGUGUGUCUGUCUCAGACUGCUGUGUGUUAGACUCCCAGCGCGUGAGCAGGUGUUUGGGUCACUGUUCCGGUCACCAUGUCGGUCUUGUACGCGGUGUUCGCGGUGUUGUUGCUGCUUCCGCUCCUCAUCCAUGUGUGUUUUCCGUACGCAGUGUACGACGUGCUGUUCGUGCUGCAGGGAGUGAGAAUAGCCAUGAGGAUGAGGAAGUUCCGCGGCUCCACUCCGUGCUACACCAUCCUGGACCGCUUCCUAGACUCGGUGAAGAACCAUCCCGAGAAGAAGUUCCUGGUGUUUGAAGGUCGCUCGUACUCCUACAGCGAGGCGGAUAAACUGAGCAGUAAAGCGGCGAGAGCUCUGCUCCAUCACACCGAGCUGCAGGAAGGAGACACGGUGGCUCUGUUCCUCGGGAACGAACCGAACUUCGUCUGGAUCUGGCUCGGACUCUGCAAACUGGGCUGCACCGCUGCGCUCCUCAACUCCAACAUCCGCACCAAGUCCCUGCUGCACUGCUUCACCUGCUGCGGGGCAAAAACCCUCAUCGCUGGGGCAGAUUUACAGGAAGCGGUAGAGGAAGUACUUCCUGUAUUAAAGGAGCAGGGAGUGCAUGUGUUCCAGCUGGGGGAGAAUCGUGAGAUGGACGGAAUCAUUAACCUCAGUGAGAAAAUGGACGCUGCGAGCGAUGAGGAGCUACCACGGUCACUUCGGUCCAGAGUCACCAUGAAGAGUCCUGCACUCUACAUCUACACUUCAGGCACCACUGGUCUUCCUAAAGCAGCUUUGAUCAACCAUGAAAGGGUGUGGCUGGCCUCCUACCUACAGAAAAUGUCCGGCGUCUGUUCUGAUGAUGUCAUCUAUGUUUACCUGCCCCUCUACCACAGCGCGGGCUUUCUGAUGGGCCUGACCGGGGCAAUAGAGCGGGGAAUCACGGUGGUGUUGAGGAGGAAGUUCUCAGUGUCUCAGUUCUGGAACGACUGCAGGAAAUACAAUGUGACAGUGAUCCAGUACAUUGGAGAGAUCAUGCGCUACCUCUGUAACACACCCAAGACGGAUGGUGAGCGCAUGCACAACGUGCGUCUUGCUCUGGGAAACGGUAUCCGGGGCGACACGUGGGUGGAGUUUCUGCAGCGGUUUGGAGAUGUGCGUAUCUGUGAAUGUUACGGAGCAACAGAAGGAAACAUCGGCUUUGUAAACUACAUCGGGAAAAUAGGAGCCAUCGGCCGGACGAGCGCCAUCAUGAAGCAACUUGCUGGUUAUUCCUUCAUUAAAUACAAUGCUGAGAGAGAGGAACCGGUACGAGACUCCAGAGGAUUCUGUGUGGAGGUUGAUACUGGAGAAACAGGCCUGCUGGUGGCAAAGAUCACUAAAGUGGCUCCAUUUAGCGGUUAUGCUAACAACAAGCAGCAAACAGAAAAAAAGAAGCUGAGGAACGUGUUUAAAUCGGGAGAUGUUUACUUCAACACCGGAGACCUGAUGAAAUUUGAUGAACAAGGCUUCGUCUACUUUCAGGACCGCAUUGGAGACACCUUCAGGUGGAAGGGUGAGAAUGUUGCUACUACUGAAGUGGCUGAUAUUUUGACGAUGGUGGAUUUUAUAGAAGAGGCUAAUGUCUAUGGAGUCAAAGUGCCAGGUCAUGAGGGCAGAAUCGGAAUGUCUGCUAUCAAGCUGAAGGAGGGGCGGGGCUUCGACUGCUCUGUAGCAUGCAAGCACAUUGAGAGCUACCUUCCCACGUACGCAAGACCACGUUUCAUCAGGAUACAGGACAUGUUAGACAUCACAGGCACCUACAAGCAGAUGAAGGUGAAAUUGUCUGAGGAGGGAUUCGACCCCACAACCAUCCAGGAUAAGAUGUACUUCCUGGAUGACAGGAAGAAGACCUACAUCCCCAUGACAGAGGACAUUUAUAACUCCAUAAACAAUGGACAACUGAGAUUAUAAAACACACACACACACACACAUUCGCCUCAAUCAGGUUCCUUAGCCCAGAGAUGUUUAUUAUUCAACCUUGAUGUUUAAUGAAUGUUCUGCCAUUAAAACAGGAAAUGAUUUACACAGAACAGGAAUAA